GUUAAUGUCUUUUUGAAUUCUGUUGAAGUGAAGUUUGAUGUAACAGCUGAAAUAUCAUCUGACAGAUGAUCUGGCGUCAGAUACAGACCGUCAGCUUCUUUAUUUCAUAUCUGCUGGAUACCAGCUCAUGUUUCUGUCCUCUGAUCGCUGUGGUGUGUUUGGAUGCUCAUAUCUGAAGUGAAACACACACAUGUUCAGAGGCCCCUCACGCAGGAGCCAUCGGCCCCCAUGAUGACAGGUUUCCUGUUUCAUAAAGCAGAACAUGACUCACGAAGUGUGAGGCUUAUUGUUCCAGUCUUCAGCUUUACUGUAGAUUUCAGGAGGCUGAUUUCAGACCGCUCUUAUCUGAUUUGACGGCGGAGGAGGAGAUGGAGAUCGAGCGGCUGAAGAUGCACAAGCAGAUCCUGCUGGAGGACAUUGAGAAACUGAAGAACCAGAUUGAAAACGUCAUGGCAGACAUUCAGGAUUUCAAAUCAGCAGAAGACAAUAAGACGCUGGAGAGGGAGAAACGCUUCUGUAGCGGCAAGAAGAAAUUCAACAUGGAUCCUAAAAAGGGAAUCAAGUUUCUGGUGGAUAAUGAGCUUCUGGAUUGGAAACCAGAGCGAGUGGCUGAGUUUCUGUAUAAAGAGGAAGGACUGAAUAAGACCGCCAUCGGAGACUUCCUGGGAGAGAGGGAGGACAUGCACCUGCAGAUUCUCAAAGCGUUCGUGGAGCUGCACGAGUUUUCAGAUCUUAACCUGGUCCAGGCGUUACGGCAGUUCUUGUGGAGUUUCCGGCUGCCGGGUGAAGCUCAGAAGAUUGACCGCAUGAUGGAGGCCUUCGCCACGCGCUACUGUAACUGCAACGACAACGUCUUCCAGUCCACAGACACGUGUUACAUCCUGUCGUUCGCCAUCAUCAUGUUGAACACGAGUCUGCACAAUCCCAACGUGAAGGACAAGACCUCUCUCGAGAGAUUCAUCAGCAUGAACCGCGGCAUUAACAACGGACAAGACCUACCCAAUGAGCUUCUGACGAAUCUCUACAACAGCAUACGCAACGAACCCUUCAAAAUCCCAGAGGAUGAUGGGAACGAUCUGACGCACACCUUCUUCAACCCGGACCGAGAGGGAUGGCUGCUCAAACUGGGCGGCCGUGUGAAGACGUGGAAGAGACGCUGGUUCAUCCUGACUGAUAACUGCCUGUAUUAUUUUGAAUAUACCACGGACAAAGAGCCGCGUGGCAUCAUUCCUCUGGAGAAUCUGUGCGUGAGGGAAGUCAUGUUUCCACGCAAACCGUAUUGUUUGGAGCUGUAUAACCCCAACAGCCGGGGUCAGAAGAUCAAGGCGUGUAAGACGGAGACGGACGGACGCGUGGUGGAAGGGAAGCAUCAGUCGUACACCAUCUGUGCGGCUUCAGCCGAGGAGAGAGACGACUGGAUCGAGUCCAUCAGGGCCAGCAUUACUAAAGACCCCUUCUAUGAUCUGGUGUCCAUCCGCAAGAAGAAAGUCAUCAACACAGUGCCAGAGAAAUGACCGCAGCGACUGAACUACGACUGCAAACAGACAGAAGCGCGUAUUCAUUAAAGCUCAGGAGAUCAGCUCAGUCUCAGAUGUUUCACAGGAGUCAGUAGCUCUGAGUAUAUAUCUAAGAAAUCAAUGUGGAGCAGCUCGGCUCAUUUGAAGAGAAUCGACUGAGAUCAUAUUUGAGACAUUAUCGAGUUUAUUGACUUUUUUCAGACACCUGUGAGAAUACCGGUGUCUUGUGUGGGAAUGAAUGUCCUCCGGGAGAAACAGCUGAGACGCGGAAAGCAGCCGCCGACACAUUCAGGACAAACACAUUUACUUUGACUUCUUUUUAACAAAUGUUUUUCAUGUAAAAUAUUUUUGUAAAUAUUACAGAUCAUACAGUGUGAAAGAUUAAAGGUGAUGAAAUGUACAAUAGAUUAUUUAAUUAAAGUUGUCUGAGACUAAAUGUC